AACGGUGAAAUGAUAAAAUAAUUUGCAUUUCAUGGUCAGCGACGACCGUUUGGACAGACCAUUGCGGCGUUGUGGAAGUGGAUCGCCUUCAAAGUUGUUGCAAGAAACUGUGUACUGACUUUAAACAAGUUAGCUGACGAGUAGUACGGAAUCACUGGUGCGAGUGACAGGACACAAACUCAGUGUUUGCGUAUUCCGAGCGUGGAUUGAAUUUUUGCCACGCCGACCGGUUUCUUGGGGCGAACUAACUUGGAACAACCGUUCAACGGGAGCGAUCCAGCGCAACAGAGAAACAAAAGAUUAAGAGGUCAUGGUGGCUAUGAGACCUGCUAGUAGAAGCAAAAGAAGACGUACACUUGAGCUGCUCGUUCUGACGACAUUUUUGGUGAUCUAUUUCGUCCUAUCAAUCAAAUUACUGUUGUCAGGCAUCUAUCCCAAUCAAUCCGCCCUCAGUAUGAAGAAUCUUAAUCUUGUACAGAGCGCAGGAAGCGGGCUUGUGUCUCUCAGAGGAAAAAUUGCUGCAUCGGCGUCAGCGCGUGGCGGCGAUGUUCUUUACGGUGUCCAUAUGGCUUCUAACUUAUCGGGCGUCCUAGAUAUCCAGAACUUUGUUCGAUCACACUGCUCGACUCAAACCAAACAGUUCUAUGGAAUCGGCAAAGCAGCAGUGGAGCUGUGUAUAAAGGGCUCCUUUCCACCGUUCAAGUAUACCCUUCCCAACUUUGUCCGCCCCGACGACGAACGGAUUUUUCUCUUACAGAAAAAGAAUCGCGAAUGCUUUGACACAAACUGGAUCGACUGGCAAUACGAAACAUGCGUCACAAUUCACCCGGCGGCAAAAAAUGUGUUACACGCCCGUAUUCAAGGCUACGAUGCCUGGUCGUUUCAGCAUUUUCACGACAAUGCAUUGCCCUGGAUAUAUCAGGUUCGUCAAAUCAUGGAUGUUUUACAAAAUGCCAGCACUUGCCGCUUUGAAGAGCAUUUGCAGGUGGCAGAACCUCCCAAUGACGUCACGCUGGGGGAAUGGCAACGGCUGGGCUUUGCCAGAAACUCGUUAGAUUUCAUGCCCCGAAUGCGACAGCUAUUGUUAAACGGCAGUGGCAGAGAUUUCAGUCUGUCGAUUCCCAAUUUUCCCAAAGACUACGACCAAGUCCGCGUCCACCCGCAACAUGUUACAUGGCUACGCAACUCACUUGGACUUGGCCAGCGAGAACGUUCUGCAAAAACAGUUUAUUGGAUAAGCCGGAAAGAAGCACGACAAGGUCGUCGGUGUAGCAAUGAGGAGGAGGUUGUUGAAGCUCUAAAACGCAAUGGAGUGAAUACAAUUUUUUUUGAUCUGGCGAAAGCCAGCACAAGCUCAGGCUCUGAUGUGAUAGAGGACUUGAUGGCCCUCUUGGACAAUGCUUGUGCUAUUGUUGGUGUUCACGGUGGUGGGCUGUAUAAUCAGUACUUUGCCCCCGCUACGACAGCUUUGGUGGAGUUGAUUCCAAUACAAAUCAAGAACGAUCUAUUCCAUGAUCAAUUUGAUGGCAACGUCACCGCUCCACGAAUAGCAUCGAGGGCCUUUUGGCACAAUUCACAACUCAUUGGACAACCAUACUGGCGGAUCCAUGCUCGGACUGAAUCAGAUCGGACGUUUGCACUUGACUCUCAAGCAGUAAAAGAUACGGUAGCAGCACUGCAAGCGGCAGGCUGUGCAUUUAAAGGAUCAUCCUGA